UGGUGAAGCUAGGUUUUCACUUAUUGCCUUCUCUCAUUUUCUCACUCACCCGCCGCUAUCUCCUUCUCCAGAGAGCUCCACCGCCGCUCUGUUUGAAACAGCUCCAGCGCUGCUUCUUCUUCUUCUUCUCAGCUCCACCGGCGUUGGGGAGCUUCCCUUCUACCCUACGCCUACAUAUUCCACUCGCUCUAUCCUCUUUCAUCAUAUUCCAAGGCGAGGGAACGGGGCUUCUAUCUUUCUAUACAAAGCGGGACUUUUCUCUGAAAUCCGAACCUCGAGUCCAGCCUAAGCUCCUCGCUAAAUCCCCCACUCCAUCGGACGUUGUUCAGAGCGACCUCUCAGUCGUCGUCCCCAAAACCAGCCGUCGCGUGGAAGUAACGCCACCUUCUAUUGCUCUCAUUCUGGUCCCUGCGUUCCUUGCCUCUAUUCCGAAAAGGUAGAAAUGGAGAAGCCCGAAAUUGAAGAUCCAGAGAAGAAGAAGAAAAAGGAGGAAAAGGCAAGAGAGAAGGAGUUGAAAAAGCAGAAGGCUUUGGAGAAAGCCGCAAAACUACAGGCACAACAAGCAUCCAAUGCUUCGAAGAAGAGCGAAAAAAAGAAUGUGAAGCGUAAUACUGAGGAGGAGAAUUCGGAAGAUUUUGUUGAUCCAGAGACUCCUUUUGGUGAGAAGAAAAAGAUGUCUCGUCAAAUGGCAAAACAGUAUAAUCCAAGUGCUGUAGAGAAGUCGUGGUACUCGUGGUGGGAGAAAUCAAGCUUUUUUGUGGCAGAUUCUAGCAGCUCCAAGCUACCAUUUGUGAUUGUCUUGCCCCCUCCAAAUGUUACUGGGGCGCUCCAUAUAGGCCAUGCUCUUACUGCUGCUGUAGAGGACACUAUAAUUAGAUGGCGAAGAAUGUCUGGGUACAAUACCCUGUGGGUCCCUGGAAUGGACCACGCUGGGAUAGCAACACAGGUGGUUGUGGAAAAGAAGAUAAUGCGUGAACGUAAGUUGACAAGGCACGAUAUUGGUCGGGAACAAUUUGUGUCUGAAGUUUGGAAUUGGAAAGAUAAGUAUGGUGGAACCAUAUUACAACAACUACGGCGUUUAGGUGGCUCUUUGGAUUGGUCGCGUGAGUGCUUCACAAUGGAUGAGAAAAGAUCAAGGGCUGUCACAGAGGCUUUUGUUAGGCUUUACAAGGAAGGCCUUAUUUACAGGGAUAUUCGCCUAGUAAAUUGGGAUUGUGUCUUGCGAACAGCAGUAUCUGAUCUUGAGGUGGAGUACGAGGAUAUCAAAGAAAGGACUCUGCGGAAAGUUCCAGGAUAUGAGGAACCUGUUGAAUUUGGUGUUUUAACUUCAUUUGCUUAUCCUUUGGAAGAAAAAGAGCUAGGUGAGAUUGUUGUGGCCACUACUAGGGUGGAAACAAUGCUCGGUGACACAGCUAUUGCUGUGCAUCCUGAUGAUAAAAGGUACCACUGUCUUCAUGGAAAAUUUGCCAUUCAUCCUUUCAAUGGGAGACGCAUUCCUAUCGUAUGUGAUGCCAUUCUUGUUGAUCCGGAGUUUGGAACUGGUGCUGUGAAGAUUACCCCUGCUCAUGAUCCUAAUGAUUUUGAAGUUGGAAAGCGUCAUAAGCUUGAGUUUAUCAACAUUUUCACUGAUGAUGGGAAAAUAAAUGACAAUGGUGGCUCGGAGUUUGCUGGGAUGCCACGUUUCAAGGCCCGAGAGGCAGUUACUGAAGCAUUGAAAAAGAAGGGCCUAUUUAAAGAAGCUAAAAACAAUGAGAUGCGCCUUGGCAUCUGUUCUAGGAGCAAUGAUGUUAUAGAACCCCUGAUAAAGCCCCAGUGGUAUGUUAGCUGUGGUGGAAUGGCAAAGGAGUCUCUUGAUGCUGCCUUGGAUGAUCAAAACAGGAAGCUUGAGUUCAUCCCAAAGCAGUAUAUUGCAGACUGGAAGAGAUGGCUCGAGAAUAUUCGUGAUUGGUGCAUCUCAAGGCAAUUGUGGUGGGGUCACCGGAUACCUGCAUGGUAUGUUAUUCUGGAGGAUGAUGAUAUGAAAGAAGUUGGGUCAUAUAAUGACCGUGACCACUGGGUGGUUGCAAGAAAUGAGGAAGAGGCUCAAGUGCAGGCUAGUCAGAUUCAUGCUGGGAAGAAGUUCCAAUUAUGUCAAGAUCCAGAUGUGCUUGACACUUGGUUUUCUUCUGGUCUCUUCCCAUUGUCUGUGCUGGGUUGGCCAGAUGAAACAGAAGAUCUGAAGGCAUUUUAUCCAACUUCAGUUCUUGAAACUGGUCAUGACAUUCUCUUUUUCUGGGUUGCUCGUAUGGUGAUGCUUGGAAUGAAACUGGGUGGUAAUGUACCAUUUAGUAAGGUAUAUCUGCAUCCAAUGAUUCGUGAUGCACAUGGGCGAAAGAUGUCAAAGUCUUUGGGAAAUGUGAUUGAUCCCCUUGAAGUUAUAAAUGGUAUAACCCUUGAAGGUCUUCAUAAAAGGCUGGAAGAGGGUAAUUUGGACCCUAACGAAUUAGAGAAAGCCAAAGAAGGGCAGGUGAAGGACUUUCCUAAUGGAAUUGCUGAAUGUGGCGCAGAUGCUCUUCGUUUUGCUCUCAUCUCCUACACAGCUCAGUCUGAUAAAAUAAAUCUGGAUAUCCAAAGAGUUGUCGGUUACCGACAGUGGGGAAACAAAUUGUGGAAUGCAAUACGGUUUGCUAUGAGCAAACUUGGAGACGAUUACAUUCCACUGUUAAAUGUAAAUCAAGAAGUCCUGCCAUUUAGUUGCAAGUGGAUACUUUCAGUAUUGGCUAAAGCCGUCACCAAGACGGUUUCAUCUUUGGAAGCAUACAACUUUUCAGAUGCAGCCACUGCAGUUUAUUCAUGGUGGCAAUACCAGUUAUGUGAUGUAUUUAUUGAAGCGAUUAAGCCCUAUUUUGCUGGAAAUGAUCCGAGAUUUGCAUCUGAAAGGAGUUUUGCACGAGACACACUGUGGUUGUGUCUUGAUAACGGGUUGCGGUUGCUCCAUCCAUUCAUGCCAUUCGUUACAGAAGAAUUGUGGCAGCGUCUUCCUUCUCCUGAAGGGGAUUACAAGAGGCCAGCAUCAAUCAUGAUAAGCGAAUACCCAACUGUUGUAGAGGGCUGGACAAAUGAAAGGGUGGAGUAUGAGAUGGAUCUCAUCGAGGCUGCUGUAAAAUCUCUGCGUUCACUUGCGAAAGAAAGCCGUGAAAGACGGCCAGCUUAUGUGCAAAGCCGCAAAAUUCCAGUCACGGAGAUUAUUGACCAGCAUAAACUGGAGAUUAUAACUCUAGCCAAUUUAUCGUCUUUGACGGUAAUUGGUGAAAACGAUGCUGGUCCAGCCGGAUGUGUAGUAUCCGUCGUAAAUGAGCACCUUUCUGUAUAUCUUAAUGUUCAAGGUUCCCUUUCUGCUGAAGCAGAGCGCGAGAGGAUCAGGAAAAAAAUGGACGAGGUUCAAAAGCAAAAGGAGAAACUGUGGAAGAAGAUUAAUGAUUCUCGCUACAGAGAAAAGGUCCCAUCCCAUAUCCAGGACGACGAUGCUGCUAAGCUCAAGUCGCUCGAACAAGAGUUUGCGUCACUUCAACUUGCAAGUGAGCACAUUCAAGAACGAGCAACGGCAUCUUAAUUGUUCUGUCGCAUUGAGUUUCCUCCAUAUUAUUAUUAUUAUUGCCGUGAAACCUUAAUUCUUUUGGAGGAAAAUGGGGGGUUUUUUUUUUCCUUCUUUUUAUCUUGUUUUAUGUAAAAAAACAAAAGAAAAAAGAAGG